UUGACCUUAACAAAAUCAUGUUCUGUGUGUAUGGUAUGAGAUAAAUUAUAGUUGUAAUACUUACUUUUAAGAUAUUACUUUUAUCCGCAUUUUAUAUAAAUAGUUAUAAGUUUUUAGACUUUUGCUAAGAUGAAAGUAGUAGCAUUAGUUAGUGGUGGCAAGGAUAGCACAUUCAAUAUGAUGCAGUGCAUCGCUGCCGGCCACCAAAUAGUUGCCUUAGCUAACUUGGUACCUCAUAGUAAAACCGAGAUCGAUAGUUAUAUGUAUCAAUCUGUAGGUCACGAAGCUAUUGAUCUAAUUGCAGCUGCCAUGGAUCUACCUCUGUAUAAAAGAGAUACCAUGGGUAUUUCAAAUGAACGUGGAAAAACUUACGAACCAUCGGAAAACGAUGAGGUUGAGGAUUUGUAUUUGCUACUUGAAGAAGUCAAAAAGCAUGUUAAUAUCGAAGCUGUGUCCGUCGGUGCCAUUUUAUCCGAUUACCAAAGAAUAAGAGUGGAAAAUGUGUGUAUAAGACUGGGUCUUCUACCGUUGGCCUAUUUGUGGCAGAGAAACCAACAAGAGUUGCUGGACGAAAUGAUCAAAUGCGAAGUAGAUGCUAUAAUUAUUAAAGUUGCAACAUUAGGAUUAGAAACCAAACACUUGGGUAGAUCUCUUAGCUUACUACAGCCUCACCUUCUAGCCAUGCACGAAAAAUACGGACUAAAUGUGUGUGGCGAAGGUGGAGAAUACGAAACUUUGACUGUGGAUUGUCCGUUGUUUAAAAGUAGAAUAGUGAUUGAGGAAUCAGAACUUGUGAUUCAUUCAAACGACCCCAUAGCGCCUGUAGGUUAUCUAGUAUUUAAGAAAAUGUCACUUGAGCUGAAACUACCUGCUUUGGACCUUCAAAGUCGCUUAGAAGGUUUGCCUUUAAAAGACAGCGAUGGAUAUGUUACCGAUCAAGAAGAAGAAGAGUUCAAACCUAUCGAUAAUGAUGCAGAUGACGAAACGGUCCUAAAUUCUGGCUCCACCGAGUGCAGCAGUUACUCAUCCGAGGAAUUUCUACAAGAAGUGUCUUCCGUCUACAACCGAGAAGGUUGGUUGUUGAUAGGCGGCGUCCAAGGAACUUCGAGUAAUGCGUUCGAAGCUAUGGCGGAGGCGAUGAGUAUCUUAAAGUCUGAACUGUUGAAGCAUGAUCAUACGAUAAGGGACGUAUGUUCUGUUACUAUGUACAUCGGAGAUAUGUCGGAGUACGCGGCACUAAACAAAUUGUAUGUGGAUACAUUUAGCUUUACAAAUCCACCGAGCCGAGCCUGUGUCCAAGUUCCUUUUAACGAGAACAAUCCCGUGAGAUUGGAAGCCAUAUCUUGGAAGUCGCCUGUUAAAAAUGUUGGAGACACAAAAAUUGAAAGGCAAACUAUGCAUGUCCAGAGCAGGUCUCAUUGGGCUCCAUCAAAUAUCGGACCAUACAGUCAAAGUGUACGGGUGAAGAACUUCGUUCAUUUAGCUGGACAGAUCGGAUUAGUACCAGGUAGCUUGGAGAUGGUAAAAGGUGGUAUAAAAACUGAAUGCCGGUUGGUUUUAAGACAUUUGAAAAGACUGUUGAUGGCUGUGGACCCUAAAUUUAGUUUAAGAAAUGUAGUGCAGGGUAUAUGUUAUUUAACGGAUGCGUCUUACGUUGGACCAGCUAGAAAAUUAUGGGAAGAGAGUACUAAUAACGCUAUAGUUGACUACGUUGUUGUAACCGGCUUGCCGAGGAAUGCAGCUGUAGAAUGGCACGUCUGGGCACACAAAUAUAACAACCAGUUCGAUUAUGAAGAGAGAGGCAAGUGUGUAGACAACUUUUCGAUAUCCAUUUACAGACGUUGGAAUUACGAAAACGACCUAUCUACCAUCCUGUGUCGAGUAAGUCACCAGGAAGAUGAAGCUACCCUAGAACUUCCUAUAUUUACCGAAGCCAUCGAGUACACUCUUCAGAAGCUUCAACAAGGAUUCGACGGUCAAAACUCUGUCAUAAGCUUGAAGAUUUUUUACUCUGUAACGAAAAACAUAGAUCCUAAUUUUAUCCUACAAUAUUUUGACAAUUUUACAAAAGACCUUAGUUUAAGCUAUACACUUGUACCUGUCGUAUCUCUUAAAAGCAAACAAACGUUUUUGUCAAUUUGCGGUAUAAGGAUGCAGUAAGUAUCUUGAUAGUAGUGAACAAACAUUAAACAUGUCAUCAGUUGUAAGACGUAGAACAAAAUUUAAGACCCAACAAACGGCAAGUAAUGGAUACUUCAUAAUUUUUUCCAAAUGUUUUGAUCUGAUGUUUUUUUUUGCAUAGGCAUUUGCCAUUCAGUCAGUCACAACUUUUUUAAGUUAUUCCCAAAGGAAAGAAGAGAAAAUAAUUAUCACAAUGCAUAUUUGGUUAUCAGUAAAGGAACAAACACGGUUACUCGCUUCUCGCCUAGGGACCCAUCACGACAAACAUAAACUAGACUGGGUCACGGACCCAGUAGGUUUAUAAUAAAUGAGAUAAAACAAAGGUUACUAUUUUAACUGGACUUACAAAUUUAGGGUACUUUUCGAAGUAAUUCUAAGUAAUUAUAUUAUAAUGAUUUUAUUAGUCCUAAUUUAUUGUCUUUAUUCUAAUUUAUUAAAACUCGCGAUAAUUUAUCAAAAGUCUUUAUUUUAUACUAAUUUAUUUUACACUUAAUAAUUACAAAUAAUUUAUUUGCGUUCGAACAAUUUAACGCGAGAUCGCGAUCUUCUUGUUGACUCCUUUCUCAAUGAGAAUCGCCGUUAUUUAUUUGAAACGCCGUUAUCUGGAAGGAUCUGGCGUGAAGUAGACGAAAGUUGACCUGAAUAGGUUCGAACCUGUUUCCAGAAAGAUCGAGUAGUAGUUGACCGCUUUCAUAUCGAAGGGGGACCCAUAGUGUAGGUAGGUUUUUUACCUGCGUCUCGGCCGGUUCGUGAUCUAGAAAAUACGUGAUUA